AUGGAUCAAAUAUGUGAUGCACUAAAUGAGAUAGAAAAAGGUAAACUCCCUAGUCAACCUCAACAAAUCCAGAAAAGUGCAUUUCAGGCAAGCACGCCAGCUUGCAAUGAGUCCUCACAUAAUCAAGUGAAUGUUGUCACUAUUCUUCGUAGUGGUAAAAUUAUUAAGAACAAUGUAGGUGUACCACAGUCAGAUGAGUCUUAUACAGACUCACAAUUGCACACUACACCACAGAAAACAUCUAGUGUAGAAAAAGAAUCUGAGCAAGAUAGCUACUCUAAGAAUUCUACUGAUGUUAAUAUCCCUGCACCAUCUCAUGUGCCUGUGGCUCCAUUUCCUCAAAAGUUGGUGCAACAAAAGAAAGGUACCCAAUACAAUGAGAUGUUGGAGAUGUUUAAACGAGUCAAUAUAAAUAUUCCUUUCCUCGAAGCAAUCAAGCAGAUACCUGCUUAUGCUAAAUUCUUAAAAGAUCUAUGCACACAAAAGCGAAAACUUCAUAUGCAUAAGCGUGCCUUUCUCACUGAGCAGAUGAGUUCAAUCAUUCCAAAUAAAACACCACACAAGUUUAAAGACCCAGGUAGUCCAACUAUCACAUGCACUAUAGGUGACCAUACAAUCGAUAGAGCUUUGUUAGACUUAGGUGCAAGUGUGAACCUUUUUCCAUAUUCUGUAUAUGAGCAAUUAGGUCUUGGGGAGCUGAAACCCACUCCUGUUAAGCUGCAAUUAGCGGACAGACCUGUAAAGAUCCCUCGUGGUAUUGUUGAAGAUGUCGUAAUCAAGGUUGACAAAUUUUAUUUUCCUGUGGAAUUCUUUGUGUUGGAUAUUCAACCUGUGCAAAACCCAGAUUGUCACAUUCCUGUAAUUUUAGGAUGUUCUUUCCUGGAGACAACUGAACGUUUUAACAUUAGUCAACAACCCUUGGAUUGCGAUGAUUCUGAAUUGCAUGAGAUUAAUAUGAUUGAGAGUCUGAUUCAAGACUCAUUGCCUGACAUCUUAUCUAUGAAUCCUUUGCAAGCAUGUUUAGACAAUUUUGACUUAGAUCUUUUUUAUUCUGAGUAUAUUACUGAAGUCUACUCUUUGCUUGAAUCUGUACCACCCAUGGAUAUUGCUAAAUGUCAGACUGUUGUGGAACCACUUCCACUUUCUGAUUCCAAGUCUGAACCACCUCUUGUCAAAUCACCUAAGCUUGAUUUGAAACCAUUGCCUGACACUUUGAAAUAUGCUUUCUUAGGUUCUUCUGAUACCUUGCAUGUUAUUAUUGCAUCAUGCUUAGACACAGAACAUGAAAGUAAAUUUUUUAGAAGUUAUUAA